AUGUCUCAGUCGAAUAUGAAGUUUCGCGGUUUAUUUAAGCUGUACCUAGAUACUUUACAACGAAGACCAUACUUGGUACAAGCCGUGCAAACUGGAGUCCUAAUGGGAUCCGGUGAUUUAAUAAGUCAGACUUUCAUUGAACGUAAGCACAUCACAAAGGUCGACAUUACAAGAACUUUAAAAUUUUCUUCAAUAGGCUUUUUUGUUGGUGGACCGGCAUUGCGACUUUGGUAUGGAGCCUUAUACAAGUAUAUAGGUUCCAGUGGCAAAACAGUUGCUUUGAAGAAAGUAUUUAUUGACCAAAUUAUGUUUGCACCUUUAUUCUUAUGUGGAAUUCUGAGUGCAGUAGCAGCCUUGCAGGGCAAGGAUUGGACUAACAUUAAAAGUGAUUUGGAAAACAAUUACAUAGAUGUCUUAAAGACUAAUUACUGCCUCUGGCCAUGGGUUCAGAUAGUAAAUUUUUAUUAUAUUCCCCUCCAAUACCAAGUUUUACUAGUUCAAGUAGUUGCAUUAUUCUGGAACACAUAUUUGUCUUGGAAAACAAACAAGAAUUCCGAAAAUAUAGCAAUACAAAAAUAA